AUGGCAACAGAACCCCAGAGCUCUCUGCUGGUUCCCACCGACCAGUCCAUGGUGGAGCUGAUGGGUGGAGUGAAGUCAUUGUGUUGGUUCUGCCUGCAGGUGGUGACCUUCCUGAACGACCUCUACACCUGCUUCGACACCAUCAUUGACAACUUUGAUGUGUACAAGGUGGAGACGAUCGGCGACGCCUACAUGGUGGUGUCGGGGCUGCCGGAGAGGAACGGCACGCUGCACGGCCGCGAGGUGGCCGGCAUGGCGCUGCGGCUGCUGGACGCCGUCCGCAGCUUUCCCAUCCAACACCGAGCCAAUCAGCAGCUGCAGCUGCGCAUCGGCAUCCACAGCGGCCCGGUGUGUGCCGGGGUUGUGGGUCUGAAGAUGCCUCGAUACUGUUUGUUUGGAGACACGGUGAACACGGCGUCCCGCAUGGAGUCCAGCGGACAGGCGCUCAGGAUCCACGUGUCGGAGGCGACUCGCCGCGUCCUGACGGAGUCCAGCGGCUUCCGGCUGCAGCUCCGAGGAGAGAUCGAGGUGAAGGGGAAAGGACGCAUGAGGACAUACUGGCUACUGGGAGAGGACACGUCCACCUGAUGGAGGACA